GUGGAAAACGAAUGCGGUGAAAUACCGACUAUUAUCGUUCAAAAUAAAAUCGACCUGAUGGACCAGUGUGUUGUGGGACCAGAUGAAGCAGAAUUAGUUGCACGAGCUCUGGGCUGUAGAUUAAUGAGGGCGUCAGUAAAGGAGGACGUCAAUGUUGGAGCAGUUUUUCGAGCGCUAGCGGCUCGCUGCCUUGCUGACAUGAGACGCGAAAAUGCAGCAGACAUGACGACUCCUACUAUAGCACCUGUUAUAGGUACAUUUACGAACCACAACAGCAACGGGACAAUCUUGCUUCGUCCAGUGAAACAUAGACCUGGGGAUAUGGUCUAUUAUAACCGCGAUCUACUAGAAGCUUGUUCGGUCCCAUUUACUCCGGAGUCCCUCAGGGCUGCGUGCUCUCACCACUACAGCUCUUACUAUUCAUCAGCGACAUUUCAAAAACGUUCGGUUAGUAUUGACGGCACGGCCGAAGAUAAGAUAUAA